UUAGGCUGUAGGGACUCCCUCCUCGCCCACACUGCGCUCAGGAUUCCUCGGGCUGAGAGAUUCACAGAGGCAGCCAGGUCAGACGGACCGGCAAGGUUUGCAACAUGUGCUCGCCACUGCUUGCUGCGUCCCAGCCCCUCAGCGCACCUGGCACGUCGCUCGGCUCGGUUUUAAGGCGAUCACUUCUCUCUUUCCGUCUGCUUUGCACUCCACAUCAGGCUGGCAGCCGCGCGGGUCAAUGGGGACAGUACGGUGAAUGGCUUCAGACUGCGCCAGUCCCCGCGCGCGGAGCAAUGGACUGCAGUUUUACUUGAAGAGGCACAUGGAGAACCCAGCCAAGUAUCUCUCAGCGGUGCAGGGGAUUGACUCUGUGCCGGCACCCCUCGGAGAGAUUAUGUGGAACAGCACCGAGGCGACAAAGAACGGGGGGAAGGAUAUGGUGGUGCGUACGGUGACAGGGUGUCUGCUGUCCCUGCUCAUCCUCUGGACCUUGCUGGGGAACAUCCUGGUCUGCGCCGCGGUGCUGCGCUUUCGCCACCUGCGGACCAAAGUCACCAACAUUUUCAUCGUCUCCUUGGCGCUAUCGGAUUUAUUCGUGGCCGUGCUGGUGAUGCCCUGGAAAGCUGUAGCAGAGGUGGCGGGUUACUGGCCGUUUGGCACUUUCUGUAACGUCUGGGUCGCUUUUGACAUUAUGUGCUCCACCGCCUCCAUCCUCAACCUCUGCAUCAUCAGCGUGGAUAGAUACUGGGCCAUCUCGAGCCCCUUCCGCUACGAGAGGAAAAUGACCCAGCGAGUUGCCUUUGUUAUGAUCAGCAUCACUUGGACGUUGUCUGUGCUCAUUUCAUUCAUACCGGUCCAGCUGAACUGGCACAAAGCCAACGGUGACGACAUGGCUGGGACGCACAACUCCUCCACGAGCCGGCAGAUAGAAGAGAACUGCGACUCCAGCCUGAGCAGGGAGUAUGCCAUCUCCUCCUCUUUGAUAAGUUUCUAUAUUCCCGUGGCAAUAAUGAUUGUGACUUACACUAGAAUAUACCGGAUCGCACAAAUACAAAUUAGAAGAAUAGCAUCCCUGGAGAGAGCGGCAGAGCACGCGCAAAGUUGCAGGACAAACAGAAUAGAGUGCCAACACCACAACACCUUGAAAACGUCCAUCAAACGGGAAACCAAAGUGUUCAAAACUCUCUCGGUGAUUAUGGGUGUCUUUGUGUGUUGCUGGCUACCUUUCUUCGUCCUAAACUGCAUGGUCCCGUUCUGCGACAGACCCGCCACAGACCGGGACGCGGGUCUGCCGUGCGUAAGCGAGACCACCUUCGACGUUUUCGUGUGGUUCGGAUGGACCAACUCCUCCCUGAACCCCAUCAUUUACGCCUUCAACGCAGAGUUCAGGAAGGCCUUUGCCAGCUUAUUGGGCUGCCGCAAUUUCUGCUCCAACACACAAGUGGAAACAGUUAACAUCAGCAACGAGCUGGUCUCUUAUAACCAGGACACCCUCAUCCACAAGGAAAUCGCGAACGCGUAUGUCAACAUGAUACCAAACGUGGUUGAAUGUAUCGAGCAUGAGGAGACUUUUGACAGGAUUUCACAGUUUUCUCACAACAAUGAAAACGCCACCGACUCGGUUUGUGACUUGGAGGACUGCGAGGCAGAUAUUAGUCUUGACAGGAUGUCACCCUUUACACCCAAUGGAUUACACUGACUCCAACUUUGUAUCUCCCCUCCUCCCGUACGUAUUUGGAUGUAAAUGUCAUUGUUCAAUCACCUCCUCAGCCCCCCUCCCCAGAGGCUCCUCUCCACAAGAAGCCCACAGGUCAGGGUCUACUGAGCAGCGCCCUUUGCAGCUGCUGACUUGCUCGUGGACACUUGGAGCAGGGCGCCUGCCCCUGUGAGCCACCCUGCCACUGCUUUGCGUCAUAUAUGACAUGUGAUGUUGUUGUCCUGUUCUUAAAAAGUGAUGUGUAGGUGUUAUUUACAUGGCAAGUGAAGUCUGUUCAUUUGUUCAAAGGUUCGGUGUAGUUGGAGCUGUUUACUGGAAGGCUUUACUCUCCGUGUCUCAUGUCCAUCCACUUGGAGAGGAAAAAUGUUUGUGAAGGAAUCAUAAUGGAAACCUUUUGCUGCUUUAAAACCUCGUGUAUCCAGUGCCCGCCUUUCCACUGAGUAUGAAAACUGAGGGAGGCCUUACAGACAGUGCAACCGAGAUAGUUCUACUCCAAAAAAUGCAGUCAUUUCAGCGCCUUAUCUUAUUUAAGGAAGAGUUCUGUUGAAAGGAAUGUGUCCUAUGAAGUUACAUGAUGCCAAAAUGCAGUAUUAAAGUGUUUACCCACCCUCCUCCAGCACACCUUCUCUGCACCAUAUGGACUGUUAUGCAGUUAGAUUGAGGUUUAGAUGGCUGAGGGGCUUUGAUGGAGCAAAAAUAUGAUGUAAAAUGCACACAACCUAAUGCUAUAAACAUGUAAAUGUGAACCUGUUUACACUGGAAUCAUUAAUACAAACCAUCAUACUAGAAACAUCUUUCAGUAGUACAAAGUCUUACUUUUUUGUGCGCUUUCAUUUCUCAUUGAGGCCAAAACUACUGGAUGGUUGUGUUUUAUCAACCACAGUGGGCUCUGACUGACCUAACAAGAGAAAAGAAAGAUCAAGGCUGUCCUGAACGACCAAAGAUUUCAAGGAGCGAAUCAAUAACUCAGACACAAUAAGGCUACAGCGUUAUGUCAGCUAGAGGAAUUGUUGCUACAGAAAGCCUACACACACACACACACACACACAUACACACACACACACACGGCCACUGGGCCAACACAACUGGAUGUCAUACAUCACCUCUCCAACACCUCUCUCUAUCUUUGUACUGUACAGAUGACCUGAUCUGAAUGUAAACUACUGUCCUUUAAACAGUGAAGUGUGUCAUCAUUUGUCUAAUAAAAUGCUGUCAUGCUCAGAGGAACAGAGUGCUCUGGUUGGUAUCUUCCUGAAGGUGACAUUACACUGUUUCACAGAUGGACAAACUUUGCAGGCUCAGAGGGUUUUCACCUUUAGUUUAACUUUCUAUUCAGCGACUUUGCUCUCAUGCAUAUACGCCUCUGACCUUCAGUCUUUUAAAACUUUAUUGGCAGCUCGCCUUCUUGACAGAGAGUGACAGGAAAUUUUGGCAGAGAAACGAAUUCUCAGAGGCCCCCCGGGCCUUCACAUUCAACAUGUUAGACGAAGA